AUGGAUCCAGUCUUCAGGUUCCCAGCCUCCCCUGGUACUCCUCUUUUUCCCGUCUCGCCAGAGCGCGCAAACAGACUACAACUCCCGCAAUCGCCAUCGCUACCUUCCAUCUCCAACAUACAGAAUGAUCCUUUUAUCGUACACUCGCGCGGCAACUCAGAUGUUCAAGGCAAAGUUGCACAGUUCAACAAUUUGAGCAAGGAGGCUGCACAAAGAAGAAAGGAUAGUGAGGCUGCCCUUAAACGGGCUGUCUUAGGGCGCGAGGAAGCUGAAAGUGAGACGAGAAGGCUGAGAGAGGAGAACAGGCUAUUGAGACAGGAUGUGGAAGAAGGGAGAGCGAGAGAAAGGAAGGUCGGCGAGAGGCUGGAGGGUGUGAUGGAGGAGCUACAAGGAUCCAAAGAGACGCAGGCCCAUGCACAAACAAUCUACGAAAAGGAAGUUCGAAGGGCGAGAAAAGAAGCUUUCAAGUCAUCCAGCGCACUGGUGAAGCUGCAAGAAGAAUUGAAGUCUACCAGAAACAAAUACACCUUGAUGAGGGAAGAGGUCGAUGUGCAGAGACGGAAGGUCAAUACAAGAGAGCAAGAGACUUUUGCUGCCCAGCACCAGCUCGUUGAGCUGCAAGAAGAGAUGGAGAAGCAGAAGCAGCAGGACAAGAUAAUUGAGAAGGAGCGGGACACAUUGAAGACUAGCCUAAUAGAUGAGGAGGCCGCUAGGCCAGUAGUUGAGGGAGCUAUCGCUCUGCCGCUGUCCACAGAUGGAGAGAACUUUGCCUCACCAAGAAAGCGAAGCCGAAGAAGCGAGAGCAUGAAGGAGAAUGUGGAUCCGGAAGCCCCUCGAUCACAGGACCAGCUUGAAUCAGUGAAGGACCAGCUGAGGAUGGAGAAGCGGAUGAGGCUUCGAGCAGACGACCAAAUCAACUUCAUGAAAAUGGAAUGCCAAUUCCAAUGCUGCUCCUGCCGCAUUGCUCAGAGACAGGGAAUCCAAUACGUCCACGACGAUACUUUGGCUACGCAAAUGGUGGAGAUAGCAUCUAAGAUCGCAGGGGAACUUGAAAAGCCUGCACCACAACCAGUCACAGAAUCACUUCCAGAACACAUUGUUCAACCAAUCCCAGCAUCAGCACAAGAUCAACCACCAUCCACACCACCGCGACAACCCUCUUUACAGCGUGAAAAUACGGACCAAGAUCUUCUCAACUUCUCCCCAACUACAGGUACGUUCUACAAAGUGCCGUCACCAAUCAAACCCUCCUUCUCUCCUCCCACCCAAGAGACACCCAAACCCUCUAUACAAGCUCCCCAGUCAACACCACAAGCCACCAACCUCCCAAGCCUCCACACAUCUCCCAUCGAACCAACACCCUCUUUCACCUUCCCCCAUACGCCUCGUCCGCUUCCCAUCCCUCCACCACGAACCAUCAGCUACACCAAAACAGUCACCAUACCUCUGAAAGAUGACCUACCUUUCACCCCUGCGCCAGCUACGCCAGGAGGAAUCAGCAGAGAGGACGCCUUGGAGCAGAUUCGACAGAGGAGAGGUAGGGCAAGGAGUAUAGCUGCAGGGAAUGGGACGCCGAGGAAGAGGAUGGUGGACGUUGCAGAGUUGAGAAGGGACAUUAGUGCGCCGGGGCGGGUGUGA